CGACCACCCUCGCCCAUGCAAACGGGCUCAACCUUACUUUAACAAACACUUUGACUUUUCUCGGUCGGGAACCAGCGCGUCUUUGCACCUCCCGAGACCCGUUUCUUCCAUCUUUCCAUUGCGCACAAGAUUUCGGCGACGGUCGGACAGUCAUGCUGUAGAAGUGUCUCUACAAGUGAAUCAACGGUGUGGGACUCAACUUUGCGGUCCGCAUGAUUGGCACCAUGCAAGGACAACACAGCAGAGGACAGAAGAGUCUGAGGCUGCUGCUUCUGUGCCUCUUCGCUGCCAUCCUCGUGUCUGGAGUGCAAGCAGGUGGGAAGAAGCACAGUGGCCCCUGUGGAGGAAGAGACUGUAGCGGAGGCUGUAAAUGUUUCCCAGAGAAGGGCGCCAGGGGGCAUCCUGGGCCUCUCGGUCCUCAGGGCCCACAGGGGCCUCCAGGGAGAGCAGGGGACCCAGGCAUCCAGGGGCCAAAGGGGCAGAAAGGUGAUAGUGGUCACGGUGGCAUUAUAGGUCCGAAAGGAAAUGUGGGAAUGACUGGUGUCCCUGGAUUCUCUGGAAGUGAUGGUAUUCCUGGCCACCCAGGACAAGCUGGACCCAGAGGGAAGCCCGGGGCUGACGGCUGCAACGGGACUCAUGGAGACUCAGGAUCACCAGGAACACCCGGAUAUAACGGCUCGCCUGGUUUUCCUGGACCACCAGGCAGGAAGGGUGAGAAGGGAGAAGAUCUGCAGCUCAGUGUGUACAUGAUGCGUUUCAGGGGAGAUCCAGGCGCACCAGGUUUUGACGGAAUAUUUGGGCCUCAAGGAAACCCAGGAUGGCCAGGUACCAGAGGUAUACAAGGACCUAAGGGUCCUCCAGGGCCUCCAGGUCCCCCAGGACCAAAGGGCACCAUGACCAAAGUGUUCAAGGGAGUCAAAGGAGAACGAGGAGAGACGGGACCUCCGGGGCCACAAGGAAACUCUACUCAUCCUCACACUAGGCCCCCCUCUGGACAUCAUCCACCAGGACCUCCUGGAGAAAAGGGUCUGAAAGGAGAAAGAGGAGAUCAGGCAGACAACAGAGGAGAAACAGGAGUGAUGGGAUUCCCUGGACCUCGGGGAGCAUCUGGUGCAGAUGGAAGACCUGGACCAAGGGGGGAUCCUGGUGAAACAGGACCAAAAGGCACAGUUGGACUUAAGGGAGUCAGAGGUGAAGCAGGAGAGCUGAGUUCAUCCGGAUCCCUCUGGCCCUGGUCCUCAGUUGCUGGUCCCCCGGGUCCCCCUGGUGAGCAGGGUCCGCAAGGAGAGAGGGGUCCAAUAGGAGACCAAGGCUUACCCGGACCACCGGGACGUCCCGCCGAUGAAUCACAGCAACAAGUGUGGGAUUUUUUUGGACCAUUUGGAUUCAAGGGAGACCAAGGAGAGAAGGGUCCACAAGGGGAGCCAGGAUACCCUGCUGUCACUGUAGGACCCGCAGGAAUGGAUGGACGCCCAGGAGAAAGAGGCCGUCCUGGACCCAAAGGAACAUGGGAAGAGUACUUCAAAGGGGCUCCGGGAGGGAGAGGAAGGCCCGGGAACGCAGGAUUCAAAGGAAUGAAAGGCGAUCACGGAGAAUGUGAAUGCACCACUGUGAACUCCCCUCGUGGUUUACCCGGCCCUGCUGGUGAUCCCGGUGAUGCUGGGAUGACCGGAGAGUUUGGUCAGGAGGGUGAUUCAGGAGACCCGGGUCGCCCAGGAGAAGACGGGCUCCCUGGACCUGCUGGGAUCAUUGGUGUUCCAGGACCAAGAGGCCGAAAAGGGGACAGAAGUGUUGCCACGCAGAAAGGAUCACCCGGUGACCCAGGGGAUUCCGGAUUAGAUGGUGUUGGAGGAGCACCUGGUGCUCCGGGCCAAAGUGGUCUACCUGGUCGCCUUGGCAACCGGGGUCCUUCAGGUGAAGGGCCCUUUGGAGAACGUGGAGACAAAGGUUUCCCAGGCUUUCCAGGUCGACCCGGUGCAGCUGGGCUGAGGGGAGAACCAGGUACAGAUCUUGGUGGCUUUAAAGGUCAGCAGGGUUUACCCGGUGAUGACGGCACCCCCGGCUUUCACGGCCUUCCAGGGACACCCGGCACUCCAGGCGGCUGUAGUCCGAGAGGAGAUGGAGGACAGGUGGAUACAACAGGACUUUGUGAGGGUAUUCCAGGACCUCCUGGGCUGCCUGGACUUAAAGGUCCCGAUGGAUUCCCAGGUUUCCCAGGUCUUUCUGGUGAAAAAGGAGCACCUGGUUUAGUCGGAAUAAAGGGAGAGAAAGGAGAACAAGGAGAUCGAGGAACAGGUGGCCCUCCUGGACCACCAGGUUUUAUAGGGCCCCGUGGAGACUUGGGGGUUCCUGGUAGCAAAGGUUCAGUGGGAGUCCCUGGUUUGCCCGGUAUGCCUGGUCGCUAUGGAGCACAGGGUGAGCUGGGUGCUCCAGGUGAAGUCUUGGGAGCAUCAUCCGGACCGCCCGGUGAUCCAGGGCUGCCUGGGCGUCAAGGAGAUAAAGGCUAUACUGGGGAUCAGGGCAAUCCAGGCUAUCCAGGAAUGGUCGGCAUGCCUGGUAUGAUCGGCUUCAAGGGUGAGAGUGGCCCUAUAGGCCUGCAGGGGGAGGAAGGAAGACCUGGGCCAGCGGGCAAAUAUGGCUUCCCUGGAGAUCCUGGGAGAGCAGGUCCACCAGGGCUGCAUGGUGCAACAGGACAGCCAGGUCUCACUGGAGAGAGGGGAACUGAAGGAGACCUGGGUCCUCCAGGUCCAAUAGGAUUAAAAGGUAUCCCAGGUUCAUUCGGUGAUGAUGGUGCCGUUGGAGAGUACGGCCCACCUGGGGACCCAGGACGGACAGGUGCAGGCGGACGCCCAGGAGUUCCGGGAAUGAAAGGAUACAAAGGGUCCAGUGGCAUGGCAGGUUUUAAGGGAGUCAGAGGUAAUCUUGGAGUUCAGGGCUUCAGCGGUGUGAAAGGAGAAACUGGAGUGCCAGGACAAGUUGGACCAAAAGGAGUGACCGGCCAGAGUGGAGAAAAAGGUGAUCGCGGUCUGAGGGGGAAACCUGGGAAGAAACCUGACAUUCCUGCUCAGAUGAUUGUUGACAUGAAGGGAACCAAGGGAGACCAGGGCCAUGAAGGAAGUCAAGGUUUUACUGGGCCAAGAGGUACUAAGGGUUUCCCUGGUGUGCCAGGCCUUGAGGGAAGUCACGGUCUUCCUGGAGGCCCCAGUCAUAUCAAAGGUUACCAUGGAGACCCAGGAGCACAGGGGCUACCGGGAAUCAAAGGAAUGCCAGGAAUAACUGGAAAUCGAGGAAUUACUGGUUUUGAGGGAAUGCAUGGCACCAAGGGAACCAAAGGAAGUCCUGGUGCUUAUGGCGCAUCAGGGGAAAAAGGAAGGAAGGGAAUCAAAGGUGACAGGGGCCUUCAAAUAGACCUUCCAGGAUCUCCUGGAUCGAGAGGAGAACAUGGAUUACCAGGAGAACCAGGCCAGAAAGGAUUAUUUGGAUCCACUGGUGACAGGGGUAUACCUGGUUUUGAUGGUAUCGAAGGCAAAAGGGGAGAAUCCGGUGAUCCGGGAAUAGUGGGAUUCCCAGGCUUAGAUGGGCAGAACGGACUUCCUGGAAACCAAGGUCAAAAAGGCUUUCCUGGGGCUCCUGGAAGAGAAGGACAUCCUGGCUUCCCUGGUUUCUCUGGAACCAAAGGUUACCCUGGUCUGAAGGGCCUCUAUGGACUAGAUGGACUCAAAGGACAGAAAGGUGUCCCUGGAACACCAGGUCUGGACAACUUUGGACCAGAUGGAGAGCCGGGAGUUAAAGGACAGAAGGGAGACACUGGUGAUCCCAACAACCAGCCUGGUGUUCCAGGCACAGCGGGUUUGAAAGGCUUCCAGGGACCUUUAGGAGAUCACGGUCACCCUGGACCACCAGGAUUCCGUGGCCCCAGAGGACCAGAUGGGACCCCAGACAAACCAGGAUCCAGUGGAGACAUCGGCUUUCCUGGGCCUACAGGAUACCAAGGUUUCCCUGGAGCCAGAGGAUAUCCUGGUGUGGAUGCUCUCCCAGGAGAAAAAGGUGUAGCAGGAAUAACUGGGUUUCCUGGAUUCCCUGGUACGAAAGGAUUCAAAGGAGAUCAAGGUUCAUUUGGAUACAAGGGGCCAGACGGUGUUUCUGGGAAGAAAGGAAUAAAAGGAGAGCAAGGACUAAUGGGAGUUCCUGGCGUUAUUGGCAUAAAGGGAGAAAGAGGACCAGCUGGCCUGAAAGGAACCACAGGACUCCCAGGUGUUCGUGGGUUUCCGGGCAGGCAGGGUCCUCCUCCAACCCCCGAAAAAAUUCCAGGAGAGAGGGGUCCUUCUGGGCCGCAGGGCAUCCAAGGACCAAAGGGUGUUAGAGGGGAAACAGGACCACAAGGCCCCCCUGGAGAUGCAGGCUUCAUGGGACCUAUUGGGCAGAAAGGCAUGCCUGGGAUUAGCGGUACACCAGGAACGCCUGGAUUCCGUGGAGAGUUUGGACAAAUGGGCCACCCUGGUCUGCAAGGCAUGGACGGUCGCCGUGGCAACCCUGGUAUCCCUGGGUUACCUGGUAUGCCUGGCCGCAGCGUCAGCGUGGGAUACUUGCUGGUGAAACACAGUCAGUCAGACCAUACGCCCAUGUGUCCAGUGGGUAUGUCCAAACUGUGGGACGGCUACAGUCUGCUGUACCUGGAGGGUCAAGAAAAGGCCCACAACCAGGAUCUUGGUCUGGCUGGUUCCUGCCUGCCUCGGUUCAGCACCAUGCCUUUCCUGUACUGCAACCCUGGAGACAUCUGUUACUACGCCAGCAGAAACGAUAAGUCCUACUGGCUGUCAACCACUGCUCCUCUUCCCAUGAUGCCCGUAGAAGAGGGAGAUAUCAAACCGUACAUCAGCCGCUGCUCAGUGUGUGAAGCUCCAUCGGUCGCCAUCGCAGUCCACAGUCAGGACAUCACCAUCCCACAGUGUCCGGUGGGCUGGCGCAGCCUGUGGAUCGGCUACUCCUUCCUCAUGCAUACUUCGGCAGGAAACGAAGGCGGCGGUCAGUCCUUGUCGUCGCCCGGCUCCUGCUUGGAGGACUUCCGCACAACGCCAUUCAUCGAGUGUAACGGGGCCAAAGGCACAUGCCACUACUUUGCCAACAAGUACAGCUUCUGGCUCACCUCGCUAGAGCAGUCGUACCAGCCUGACCCUUCAUCAGAGACGCUCAAAGCAGGCCAGCUCCUGUCACGCAUCAGCCGCUGCCAGGUGUGCAUGAAGAACUUGUGAAAGACUCUACAGUAGCAGAAAGAAGCUGUUCCGCUAACAGGUGGUCUCUAUAACACUCAUAGUGUCAGUGGGAAUCUCUCCCUGAGCCACAGAGCUCACAUAUGCAAUGACUGUUCGGUGCCUUGAGCUUUGAGUUACACUGUAGAUAAAACAGGAGGAGCCCUGUAAUGAAAACAGCAGCAUUAUGGGAAUCAUUUUGUCGUAAAUGUGGUUUGGUGCUUAUUUUUUAACUUAUUACCUCAGCUAUAUUGUCACAUUGUUAACUAUCAGAGACUGUCCACUACAGCUGAACCAAAGAUGCACAUAUAUAUAUACAUGCACUGCUUCAGUUUAACUAGAUGUUUGUAUUGUUUAGGGCACACAGCCCAACAAAAAGCCACUAACAUGCUUCUCAGCCACAUGAAGAGGAUCACUAGAGGUCCUGAGUAAGUACUGGCUGAUACCAUUGACAGUAUUAUCCUGCUUUGACUCCAUUGCUCCUACAAAGCCUAUUUUUUUUUAUAAAACCUCUACGCAUUUAUUAACUACUGCAAACUCAUCUAUCAUUAUUCUCCAUUUAUCAUACGUUCUUAAAAUGCACUGAUUCCGUUUUUACCUUCUGAAUGAACUUGACCCCCUUACUGAGCGUUUUAAAUGUAGUUUAUCAAAUACCAGCCACGUUGCUCUUAUUUUCCCUGUACAAAUCUACUAAUUAUUGACCUGCCCCAAGCUGCCAACAGGACAGAAUGUAAACACUUUGGUUCAGAGGUCUGCCUGCAGCUAAUCCUUUCUCUGAUCCUGGUUUAGAUUAGAGCAUUUUACACAAUUUAUAAAGUAGGUCAAAUGUUCUACUUCACCUUGACACACUUUUUUGGAAAUAAACCGAUUGAUUAGACAUAAAAAUACUGAAAACAACAGUUUCAAUUGUAAUAUAAUUAUGGUAAUUUUCAUAAUAUGAUUAUUUCAUUGGAUUGUAAAGAUUAAAUGUUGUUUGUUAUA